GGCUGGACAAGGCUGGCUGAGGAGAGUGCCCAGGCAUGCAGGACGGACAGCAGCCUGGUCUCGGAAUGGACAGAGUUCAAGACACAGCCCCCCAAGACCGAGGGGGCUGUUGCCCUGCCCUCCGCAGGAUGGUCCCCAUUGGCUUUGGGGCUGAGGUGUGGACGCUCUUCGUCCUUUCCGGACCCCUGUUUUUGUUCCAGGUGCUGACCUUCAUGAUCCAUGUUGUGAGUUCAGUGUUUUGUGGGCACCUGGGCAAGCUGGAGCUGGCGUCAGUGACCCUCUCGGUGGCCUUUGUCAAUGUCUGUGGAGUUUCCAUAGGAUUGGGCUUGUCCUCAGCAUGUGACACCUUGAUGUCCCAGAGCUUCGGCAGCCCCAACAAGAAGCAUGUGGGGGUCAUUCUGCAAAGGGGGACCCUGGUUCUCCUUCUGUGCUGCUUCCCCUGCUGGGCCCUCUUCCUCAACACCCAGCAGAUCCUGCUGCUCUUCCGGCAGGACCCGGCCGUGUCCAGACUAACCCAGGAGUACGUGCUGAUCUUCAUUCCAGCACUUCCGGCAUUUUUCCUUUAUGUCCUGCUGGCAAAAUAUUUGCAAAAUCAGGGAAUCGUCUGGCCCCAAGUCUUCAGUGGCAUUGUGGGCAACUGCAUCAAUGGCUUGGCCAACUACAUCCUGGUUUCCAUGCUGAGACUGGGGGUCAGGGGCUCUGCUUUCGCCAGCACUCUCUCCUUCUUCGUGCAGACCAUCUUCCUCUUUCUCUACAUUGUGCUGAAGAAGCUGCACCUGGAGACAUGGGCAGGCUGGUCCAGCCAGUGUCUGCAGGACUGGGGCCCCUUCUUCUCUCUGGCGAUUCCCAGCAUGCUCAUGGUGUGCAUCGAGUGGUGGGCCUACGAGAUCGGGAGCUUCCUCAUGGGCCUGAUCAGCGUGCUGGACCUCUCUGGCCAAGCCAUACUCUACGAGUUGGCCACCGUAGUCUACAUGAUUCCCCUGGGGCUCAGCAACGCGGUCUGUGUCCGGGUGGGGAUGGCCCUGGGAGCCGCAGACACUGCCCAAGCUAAGCGGUCAGCCAUCUCCGGCAUGCUUUGCACAGUUGGGACCUCGCUGGUUGUGGCCGUACUGCUGAGCCUCCUGAAAAACAAACUGGGGCAUAUUUUUACAAAUGAUGAAGAAGUCAUGGCACUGGUGAACAAGGUCCUGCCGGUCUAUAUCGUCUUUCAGCUGUUUGAGGCCGUCUGUUGCGUGUACGGUGGAGUCCUGAGAGGGACCGGCAAGCAGGCCUUCGGAGCCAUUGUGAAUGCCAUCAUGUACUAUGUCAUCGGUCUGCCCGUGGGCAUCGUGCUGACCUUUGUAGUCAGAAUGAGAAUCAUGGGCCUCUGGCUGGGCAUGCUGGUUUGUGGCCUCCUGGGCGCUGUUGCCUUUGCUGUCUACACCGCCCGGAUGGACUGGAAGCUUGCAGCAGAGGAGGCUCAGAAACAUGCGGGGCUGCUGCCGCAGAGCCCUGACAGCACGGUGACCGUGGCGACCACGGCCCCCCAACCCGGGCCUGCGAAAGCCGUCACGUCUUCAGUGGCUAUGGGGAACUCCCCCGGCAUCACUCUGGUGAUGUAUUCGAGGCCCGAGGGCCAUGUGGACCUCUUCGGGACCGCGGAAGUAGCCCGAGCCCCGUCGGCCCCAGCCAGCCCCCUGUCGAUGAAACAGCUGCUCGUCCGCCGUGGGGCUGCCCUGGGGGCAGUGUCAGCCAUGCUGAUGGUGGGCCUGGUCAUCAGGUUCCUGACCACCAGACACUAGCCAUGCGGCUUGGAGCCAAAAAGGGAGCCAAGAGCGGCUGCCCCCCACCCCCACCCCCUGCCGCCCACAUCUGCCUGCAAAAGCAACCAAUCUGGUGUGGGGGUUGGGGCAGCUUGGACCACAGCUCCGAAAACCAGCCGCGGCCAGCGGCUCGUGUGACAGUUUUCUCCAGUCUGCUCCUGAUGAAGCCAUCUACCCACCCGAGAGAGAGCUGGGGCUGCUGCUAGGGGUCGGUCAUGUACAAGGCUUCCAACUGGGAGAUUUCCAAUCAAAACACAAUCACGAAACACAGUCACCCAAUUAAAAAGUACGUUAUUUUCUAGGAGACUCUGGUGCCCGGGUCUGUUCACAAAGCCUUUGUGGCAUGCCGAGACUGGGGCCAGUGGACCCCGUGCAUCUCUGUCCCACACACCCUGGCAGAUCUGGGCGCCAGAAAACCCAGACAAGGCAGGUGGCUGUCCACAGACCCUCCUUUGCCUUUCCGCUGACCCUCUGUUCUAUCAGCAUCGCGCUGAUCACAGACCUUGAGAAGCACUUGCUCUUAGGGCAGGGACGGGGUACAGAUGAGAGCAGCCGGACUCAGAUGGCCAGGCCAUGUGGCCUCGGGUGGAAGACAGUGCCGACCCCAAUUCUAGGAUGCUUCUCCUGGAGGCCUGGGACUGCCGAACGUUUUCAGGCUCCGUGUGCCUCCGAAGUGGAGGGUGGUCUGGCCUCCCCUGCCACACACAGACCCUUCCAAUCAGGAGCUGUAAACACACUCACAAAUAAAAUGAAUUUAUUGAUCAGAGCCAAUAGAAAAACCAAAAAGGAAGCAGAGACCAUAAUCCCAGUUUGCAAGAGUCACUGUGAACUCGUGUUGUUGGACCCGGUGACACUCCAGGCCUCCCACUUCCCAGAAGGUGGAGAUCCUCCUUGUCUGGGGGAUACACAUACCUUAGUGAGCUGCUGGCAAGCCAAGGAAGUGACUGGGAACCAACCGAACACAGAAAAGUAAUGUCGCCGUUUCCUUAAAUGUGUUCUAAGGUUAUGAAGUGUUCAGAGCAAAGGGUUCCCUGCCCAAGUAAGUUUGGGAAACAACCCAGGCCAGCACCGCAGAUGUUCUACAGGCCGAAGACCCUCUAAUAUGGCUGCUUCCCAAAUUCUGGUAGACAGAAUGGGAGGCGGGAUCAACUUUUGUGUAAAACCUCAUGGGAUUAGUGUUCUGGGUGGAGGUUUAGGAAACGCUUGUUUUAGAUUAGCAAAUGGGGAUACGAGGGUAGAGCUGGAAAAAACGUAUUUACUACACAGGUAUUUUAAAAAAUAAAAAGCCAUAGGGGUGC